AUGCGGCGGAGCACUGUGCACGUUUUUCCUCGUCUUGCUCUGCGCCAGGGCCAGCAGACUUCUGCUCUUUGCCUGUUCAGCAAUGGUUCGCGCACCGCCGUGAGCUCUGAGACGAACAUGGCUUCAAUUGCCAGAAAUUACGCUGCCCCGGCGAAGGGAGGCAAGGGUGCUCCGGCCGCUGCCAAGCCCGCCGAAGAUGAGCCCGCUGAGCCCCUCAAGCUCGAGACUGUGACAUUCCCCGAUUUUGGCGAAGACAAGGCCUUCACCGCCGACAUCUCCGAUUUCCCCGCCCCCAAGGACUGGAAGUACGUGUCCGAUUGGAAGGAGUUCGAGUUCUCGCCCCGAGUGCGAAAGAUCGGCGAGGCCCUGUUCCAGCUCAACCAGGUCGAGAUGUUCGAGUUGGUGAAGCUGCUCCAGCUGCGGUUCGACGUGCCCGACAGCGCCCUUAUGGGCGGCGGCGUGGUCGUUCAGGCUGCCGGUGCUGGCGCUCCCGCUGCUGCCGCCGAGCCUGCCGCUGAGGAGCCCAAGGAAGAGAAGAAGGAGAAGAUGAUCUUCGACGUUCAGCUCACCGCUGUCGCUGAAGCCGACAAGUUCAAGGUGCUCAAGGAGAUCCGCGCUCUCAAGCCUGGCAUGAAGCUGCUCGAGUCGAAGGAGAUGGUGGAGAAGCUUCCGUCCAUGCUCAAGCAGAACGUUCCCAAGGAGGAGGCCGAGCAGAUGGUUGCCAAGUUCAAGGAGCUUGGCGGCACCGUGGAGCUCAAGUAA